AUGACGUCCCUCUCCCGAAAAGAAGCAGAAUCCCAAGUCCGCUCCUGGGGUUUCUCCCGCGUCUUUACGUGGAGUGAUGGAGGUGGUGCUCACUACGCUCCCCACAAACACUCCUCCCUAACCACGCACCUCCUUCUCUCCGGCUCUUUGACCAUCGCCUACCCAGGUUCAGAAAAGGAGAAGACCACGCACGGGCCUGGUGAAAGGUUGGAUGUGGACGCUGGACAGGUGCAUGAGGUCUGGAUUGGGCCCGAGGGGUGUACUUAUGUUAUUGGGGAGUGA